AGGAUUACAGGAUGCAGUAAAACAUGGCUGCUCUGUGUUUGUGCUCUCUUGGUCUCUUGCUGUCGUAAAUAAAAAUAAUUCUCAGCCUCACAGCAAAUUUGUUAAUAAUCCAUGAUAGUCCUGUCGAUAGAGAACCAAAGUUAUCUUGAAUUUUAGAAAAAUAUGAGUGAUGCAGCUGGUAUGAACGAAAAUGAUUUAUUUGAAGGCGGCGAAUCAAAAUCGUCUUCACAAGAAAGUGGAUUAUGUAGUACUAUGAUGGCCAUUGAUGAAAGCAUGGGAAGUCUAGAAGAGCUUUCGGAUAACCUUCAUCAACAUCUUAGCACUCAUAUUGACCAUGCAUCUGUGUUGCAAUAUGAACUAGAUAUGCUUCGUUCUCAAUUAUCUGAGAAGAACAGACUUAUAUCAACACAACAAGUUACUAUCAAACAGCUUCAAGAUGCUCUUAACACAACACAAAAAGAACUAACAGAUUUAAGAAAAGCAGCAGAAAUGGAGAUAACCUGCAAGAAUGAAACAAUUGACAUACUGCAAACGGAUUUAAUUGAUUGCCAACAACAGUACGCCAAUUGCCUUCAACAGUUAAUGAAUCAAAAUCGCGUUCUUUCGGAGAUUCGAGACGACGACGCCGUGCUUGUUGAGAAGGUUGCCCAAUUAGAAAAGAAGUUACGCAAAACUGGUCAGACAGUCUCCACUCAGACCGAAAGUCCUCAACGAUGCUCUGAAAAUAAUAGCCGACAAACCUCUGUCCCUCUAAAAAUCUCCCCAGCCCCUCCAUUUAAUUCUCCACCAUCAUAUUACCAUCGGGACCGCGUUACGAACAUUCAGUCUUCGGCAGGAUCAUUUCACGGAGAAACGGGAGAUAGACGCGAUGAAAGCUGCUCUCCACAACUUACUCGCGAUAUUCAUGGUCAACUUAAAUCAUCUCCUACCCAGCAAAGACGAUUGAACGAAUCGAGAUCUGAUACUCAGCAGUUCCCAUGGUCGCAGUUUCAGGACCUCCUAUCUGAAGUUCGGCAAAUACAGAAGCUGUUGCAAUCAACGGACGAACGAAGAACUAGUCGUGACACGCCCGUGACCAACAUUUGCACAGAUGAGCUGACAGGCUUCUGGAACACCAUCACCGAAGAGCGGCAGCAGAGACUUCAGCUGGAUCAUUUUGUUCGAAAAAUGGAGUUAGAUGUCCUAGAAGUAAAAACUCAAGUUCAAAGCUGUAAGGCUCGUCUUCCAAACGAGCAACCCCCACCGGUUUCCCCUUCCAUGCGCUGGAACUGUUGCCCCUUAAAAUGUUGCGGCUCAUCCUGUCAUCAAGCUGUUAAGCAUUGCUGUUCUUGUGCAGAAGAUUUUCCAAUUCCUCAUCCUAAACUGCGAACCUCAACGUCCUUAUUUACUCUGGUGUAAUCAGCCAAAAUUCUAUACUAUUUUAUUUCCUGACCUGACCCUGUGCCAAAAUUUUAUCCAGUUCAAAUUUCCCUGGUUCAAUUAAUAGUUUGCUUUAGACGACUUUUGAUAACAUCGUGCUUCGCUUUUAAGACAUCGAUGAAUGCCGAUACACAGUUACGUUGGUGUUAAA